CCUGCACUGCCUGUGAAAAUUUCAGGGGCAUCUUAAUCCAAAAAAUCUUGGUGUAGUUUCUCCUGAAGAGCUUCCUGGAAGAUAUACCAGUUUUUUAAGUGCCUGGAGGAGAGAGGAGCACACAGAAGUAACUAUCCUAUCCUGACAUUUCAGGAGAAAUGGUUGAACCUGUGGGUAACCAUUAUGUUAUAGCCAGACCUGUAUACUCAGAGAAUGCAUUCAAUGAAGAGCAUGAGAAAUUGCACAGAUACCAUAAAACUUUUUGGGAUCACCUGAAGCUCUAUUUUAGCUGCUCCCCACAAAGGGCCAAAAAAUUUGCUUUGCGUUUGUUCCCAGUCAUUUCCUGGCUGCCAGCGUACCGCUUCAGGGAGUGGAUCCUGAGUGACAUCAUCUCCGGCAUCAACACGGGGCUCGUGGCUGUGCUGCAAGGUCUGGCCUUUGCUUUGCUGGUGAAUGUCCCCCCCAGUUAUGGACUCUAUUCAGCAUUCUUCCCUGUCCUGGUCUAUUUCAUCUUUGGCACAUCCAGACAUAUCUCAGUGGGUCCCUUCCCUGUCCUGAGCCUCAUGGUGGGAGGAGUAGUCACCAGGCUGGUCCCCGAUGACAGCACUGGAAAUGGCAAUUCCACAAAUACCUCAGCAAUAGAUGAUGAGAGGGUGAUGGUGGCUGCAUCUGUAACCUUCCUUUCUGGGAUUGUUCAGUUGCUUCUGGGAAUUUUUCAGUUUGGAUUCAUCGUUAUUUAUCUAUCACAAUCAUUAAUCAGUGGUUUCACAACUGCUGCAGCUAUCCACGUUUUGGUAUCUCAACUGAAAUUCAUGUUUCAGUUACCUGUCCCUGGAUUUAAUAAACCAUUGGGCAUCAUCUACACUCUGGAGAGCGUUUUCAGCCAGAUCACAGACGCAAACAUUGCUGACCUUGUCACAUCACUGAUUGUCUUGCUUAUCGUGUUCGUGGUAAAAGAAAUGAACGAUCGAUACAAGGAAAAGUUACCAGCUCCCAUCCCGAUCGAACUCCUUGUGACAAUCGUAGCGGCACUGAUUUCCUAUUUUGUCAACUUUGAAGAAAAAUUUGGUGUAGCUGUUGUUGGAAAACUAGAGGAUGGGUUUCAUACACCUGUUGCACCUGAUGUAGGCAUCCUCCAGAAGUGUAUUGGUGACAGCAUUUCCAUCGCGAUCGUUGGGUUUGCAGUAGCCUUCUCUGUGGCUAAAGUGUAUUCCAUCAAGCAUGACUACCCAAUAGAUGGCAACCAGGAACUAAUUGCUUUUGGGCUGGGUAAUAUAGUUGGUGGAUCAUUCAAGGGAUUUGCCUCCAGCACUGCUCUUUCAAGAUCAGGUGUGCAGGAGAGCACAGGAGGCAAAACACAGAUUGCUGGCAUUAUCUCAUCUGUCAUUGUUUUACUUGUGAUCUUGGCCAUUGGGUUUCUCCUGGCACCACUACAGAAGUCAGUCCUUGCAUCUUUGGCUCUUGGCAAUUUGAAAGGAAUGCUCAUGCAGUUCAAGGAAAUAAGCAUUCUCUGGAGAAAGGACAAGUGUGACUGUGUUAUAUGGGUGGUGACUUUCUUAGCUGCCAUCUUUCUUGGCCUGGACAUUGGACUAGCAGCAGCAGUGGCAUUCCAGCUGCUCACUGUGGUGAUCCGCUCCCAGUUUCCAAGCUGCACUGUUUUGGCCAAUGUUGGGAGAAGUAACAUCUACAGAAACAGGAAGGAUUACACUGAUAUCUAUGAGCCAGAGGGAGUGAAGAUUUUCAGAUGCUCCUCUCCAAUUUUCUUUGCUAAUAUUGAAUUCUUCAGAGAGAAACUCAUCACUGCUGUUGGCUUCAACCCACUGAGAGUCCUGAGGAAACGCAAUAAAGCUCUGAGGAAGAUUAGGAAGAUGCUGAAGAAAGGAGAGCUGCAAGUGACACCGAAAGGCUUGAUUUGCAUGGCUAACCCUACAUAUGAGUCAGAGGAAGAGUUGGACAACAACAGGAUAGAAGAGCUGGACCAACCCACCAUCAUGACAGACUUGCCCAUUCAGAUCAACUGGGGCACUGACCUCCCCCCUGGCAUCAGUGUGCCCCAGGUCAACCUCCACAGCAUCAUUCUGGAUUUCUCAUCAGUGUCCUUCCUUGAUUUUUCUGCCAUGACAAUCCUCCGAAAGACUUUGAAAGAAUUUGUCCGGCUCGACAUUGACAUUUACAUUGCUGGGGCAUACGAGGGCCUCCUGGACAAACUGGAGAGAAGUGCAUUUUUUGAUGAAGAGAUUAAGCCAUCCAUGUUUUUCCUCACCAUUCAUGAUGCAGUUUUACACAUUUUGCUGAAGAAGGACAUAGCCAACUCCCCCAAAUUGAAGCUUGCUGAGGAGAAGGGCAGAAGCAGUGACUAUGUCAUCAUCCCCAGGAACGGACUGCGCAGCCGCGAGUGCACAAUUCCAACAGAAACAAAAUUUUAGACUUAACUUCCUAAGUAUAAUAUCCUCCAGCAGUAUGUGUGGUGAGCAUGAAGACAGAAGGAUACUUUUAAAUACCUUAAGAAGGAUUUACUACAUAUGGUUAUGUUCCAGGUUUUGAAAUGGGUUUGUUAGUCUUAUGUGUCUCUGUAUAUAUAAAUGUAUUUAUAUAUACAUAUAUAUCUAUAUAUAUAUAUAUUUAUAUGGAGAGGCUAAAAUCACACAGAUUUUCUUAUUUCAUAUCACAGUUUGUAGACAACAUGUACAGUUACUUGAGAAUCUAUAAAUAUUUGAAAUCUUGUAUUGGAUACGACAGAAUAAUAGAACCGGUAUUUUAUCUUCAGCAUGUAUAUAACUUGAAUAAAGUUCUCUUGAUGGUUUGUAAGAUAUUUAGUAGACUGAGUUAAACUUGCUCUCUCUCAGCUUACUACCACAAGCAUAAGCACAGUGUACACAGUGACUAAUGUAUCUAAUUAUGAAGAUUGUUCAGGAAAGACACAGGAUUUUCAGAUCAAAACAAGAUUCAUUGAUUUGCAUUGGGCUUGUGUAAAGUGCAGAAGGGAGGAUACAUUUAUAGUGAACCACUGUAUAUACACAGA